GAUAAACAAGGAAAAGGUACCUAACCAAUUCGUAGAGCGUAGAUAACAAUAAAAAAAUAAACUUGUUCAUUUGAUGUAAAAUAAACAGUGUAACAAAUUUAAUUGAUAGAAUGGCUCUACCAGUAGCGCAACCAGCUGAAGUAUUGAGGGCGUGGCAGAAAGACGACCUUUAUGAGAAACAGCUUGCAGAUUCUAUAGCCCGACUUUUACCUUCAUAUCACGCUGCAAAAGCCAUCCCAGUCUCUUCAAUCCUGUAUAAAUCCUUCACAACAUUGAAAGAUCUUCAGACAUUAGGAGAAGAGUAUUCUGGCAUAGUCCAAGUUGAUGAAAGUUAUCAUAAAUUACCAUCGUUCAGUAGUCGAUUACUCAGCAUCAUUUUAUCAACAUUUGGAGAAAAUUUUACUAGAAGGUUACUGAGGAACGCGGAAAAAAGUGUCGAAAAGAACGGAUCGCUUCAGCCCGAGGCUCAAAAUGUGUUUUUAGUUUUACUUAAGGCUAUGACAUCAAUGAUACCUCAAAUAAUAAGUAUUCAUCGGGCAUUGUGUUAUAUAAAUGGUGGCCCUAUCCAGAUUGGGAAGUCAUUGACCGGGAUUGAUUAUGUUCACGUUAGACCGGCUGCAGCAGCAUAUUAUGCUCAUUUGAGGUUACUAGGGGUUGUUACACUUCUGCAUUCAUUUAUUUCAUGUGGAAAAUGUAUUUAUCAGGCUAAAAAGUAUAUGGAUCAGAUGAGAGAGACUCCAAAUGAGGUAGAUAGUAAUAAAUCAUGUGUCGCUUGCUUAGAAGAGAUAAUACAACCAUGCGUGUUACCUUGUGGACAUAUUUUUUGCAUGCAAUGUAGUUAUGGUGCAUUGGAAAUGUGUGCAUUAUGCAGGUCACCAUUCAUGAAGAAUUAUGUAGUGCCACUGAUGAAUUAUUAUCCUGGAGAGUUAUAGAAGUGAUAUGUUAUUAGACUAAUGUUUUAUGGUGGAUAUUUUUAUAUGUCAAUUGGGAUAUAAAAGACACUUGUUAUUGGGACCAGUAAUUUAAGUUGAGGAAAUUUUAUCACUAGCUAUUUAUAAACAUAACAUGUAAUGUGUAUUUAUUAUAGGAUAAUUAUUAUAAUACCAAAGAUACUCUUUAAAGGUAGCAAAUAAAAUACAUUUUACACAUGUUAUUUUA